AUGCAGAAGGUAUUUGUCAUGGAUGAGUUUUCACAGAGUGUGCACAUUCAGGAAAAGCUAUUGGCAGUUGGUAUUGGCAGAAGGCAAAUCAACGAUCCUUUCUUCAGAGAUGGAAAUGUAGCAUGUGGAAGAGCAGGUGAACCAAAACAGGCUGUAGAGUACAAUCUGGAGUGUCCUUCAUUGGAUGAAGUUUGCUGGAGGACAGUGGUAAUGAGAUGCCAAGAAUCAGGUUGUGGAUUGAGGUUUGACUCCAUCCGUGAGUAUGAGGAGCACUACAAUGUCCGGCAUAGGUGGGUGUGUUUGGAAUGCAAGAAGCCUUUGCCUUCCAGUCAUUUGCUUGAGAUCCAUGCAUUGGAGAAGCAUGACUCCCUCUUUAGUCUCCUGGCUGAACGGAAACCUAUGUAUCAGUGCUUUAUACCAGAGUGUCAUGAGAAGUUCUGGGAUGCAAACAAGAGACAUGACCAUGCUAUCAAGGAUCAUAAGUUCCCACCCAACUUCCGCUUUGAUGAUGCAUGGAAGGACAAAGCAAAGAAGAAACAAGAGGAGAAGAGAUGGAGAAGAAAGAUGGAAGUGGAAGGAUCAGAAGAUAUGAUGGAAGUGGCUGAACUGUCUUCAAAGGUGGAGAAGAAGGCACAUAACCUCAUCCCACGAUCUGUGAUGUUUGGACUCAAGAGCAAGCCAGGACUCGAAGUCCUCUUUCGUCGUCUGGAUCCAGAAGAUCCAGAGGCCACUGAGAUAGAAAGUCUAUGUGUCAACUGUGGAGAGAAUGGGAUCACAAAGCUGUUGCUAACAAAAAUUCCCUAUUAUAAAGAUGUGAUAGUGAGCUCUUUUUCCUGCCUACAUUGUGGCAACAUCAACAAUGACCUCCAGUCAGCCAGCCCCAUAGAGGAAAAGGGUGUUAGAAUCAAGUUGAGAGUUGAGUCCAUGCGAGACUUAAACCGUCAGGUCAUGAAAUCUGACUAUGCUAGUGUCACCAUCCCUGAACUGGAUUUUGAGAUCCCCAGAAAGUCCCAAAAAGGAGAAAUCUCCACUGUCGAGGGGGUCUUGCAGCGUACUAUCACAGGCUUGCAGCAGGAACAGCCUCUGAGGAAGUCCCUGGAUGCAGAGAAUGCUCAGAAGAUUGAGGAAUUCAUCCAGAAGAUUCAAGGGCUUUUGGAACUGAAGCAAUCAUUCACUUUGAUAGUGGAUGACCCAAGUGGCUCCAGCUUUGUGGAGAAUCCCUUGGCCCCAAGAACUGACCCACAGUUGAAAGUAUCCUGGUAUGUGCGAUCGGAGGAGGACAACAAAUUUGUUGGGAUCUAUCCAUCAGAAGAUGACACUUGCAACAGAGAUGGAGAAAAUGAAACCAGUAAUGCCAGCAUCAGUAAAGAGCAAAUGGAAGGAGCAAGUAACGAGAGUGAUGUACCACAUUUCAAGCAAGUUGUGAUCAUGGCCACUAACUGCAAUGCCUGUGGCCAUCGAACGAAUGAGGUGAAGUCAGGUAGUGGAAUCAGUGAAAAGGGAGUUCGCUUCACUCUCAACAUGACAAAUCCAGCUGUAGACUUGAACCGAGAUGUCCUUAAGGCUGAGACGUGCAGCGUGCUCGUUCCUGAGUUGGAGUUGGAUGCAGGACCAAUGACACUGGGUGGUCAUUUCACUACUGUAGAGGGUAUCCUCACAUGCAUCAAGGAUGGACUGUCUGAUUGGAACCCUCUUAUUGUGGGGGACAGCAGUCAGGACCAGAGUAAACGGCAACUGGAAGAGUUUGUUGCCAAGAUUGAUGAUGUCAUAGCUGGUCGAAUGUCUGCUCACAUCGUCUUGGAUGACCCUGCUGGAAACUCCUAUGUUCAGAGUAUUAAAGAUGUAAAUGAAGAAGAUUCUUCUCUGGAGGUGGUGCAUUAUGAGAGAAGCUAUGAGCAGAACGAGGAGCUGGGCCUCAUUGACAUGAAGGAUUGUACAGGAAUGUCCCUGAACUUGUCUUCCACCUGGAUAUAUUGGUCAAUUGAAGAUUUUCGCUCAUACCCACUCACCAUCUGGACUGGAGAUGAGGCAAAAGAUGACAUCUUGCCCUUUGAUGUUUACACUGCUGCCAGCAUUGGAGCUCUCCAGGCUGUGAAGGAUUGCAUCACUAAAGAUCCAAAUCUUGCAGAGAGGCCAAAUCGAAGUGGAUGGACUCCUCUCAUGUAUGCCUGCUAUUACUGUCACCAUGACAUCAUUGAGUACCUGGUGGUGACUGCUGGUGUGGAUGUGAAUCAGGGAAACUCCCGUUGUGAGACUCCUUUGAUCCUGGCCACCAAGUGUGGACAUGUCAAGGCUGUCUCCUUCCUUCUUCAGAAUGGAGGUCUUAUGGAGAUGAGGGAUGAAGAAGACUGGACAGCUUUGUUCCAUGCUGUCUUUAGCUCAUAUUUAUCACUGGUGGAACUCCUCCUGAAACAGGGAGCCAAUCCUAAUGUCAUGGUGCGGAAGAAUUUUCUCACUCCUCUGAUGCUGGCGGCCGAAGCAGGCCAGGGUCUAAUAUGUCAGCUGCUCCUUCAGCACGGCGCAAAGGCAGGCACCGUGAAUGCCAGAGGCCAAACAGCCAGAUCCCUUGCCAUCAUGAAUGAACACCAUCAUAUUGUUACCAUUCUUGAUGAAAUGGCAGAAGAACAAUCAGAGAUAAUGACCGAAUCUCAGAGUCUCAGAGAGAGUCAAAGUCACACGGAAGCUGCUGCUGCAAUGGCAAGGGCUCAGAGGGAGUCGAUCUGUGAUUUAGAGAAGCUGCUGAAGGCCCUGGAUCUCCUGUCGUAUCUCCCCUUGUUCGUCGAGGAGGACAUCGAUCUCCAGAUCUUCCUCACUCUCAGUGAUCAAGACUUCAGGAGUCUUGGUAUAACGAAGUUGGGUCCUCGUCGGAAGAUGACGAGCGCCAUCGCCAGGUGGCACGCUCACGCUCCCCUUGCUGCCGGUCUGGAGCGAACGUAUGCCGAUCACCUAGAGGCGGAGAUCCGCAGUCUCGAGGAUCGGCUCCGGCACGCGGAAAAGGCGGUCGAGAAACUCGCUUCUCGGCUGGAAAAAGAGGAGAGGGACAGGAAGAGGGCCGAAGAGAGACUGGCCACCUGCGAGGGGGGCGUGCAAGACGCUGCCAGGGAGUUGCAGUUCAUCACUCAAAAUAUCAUCUCUGAAGGGGACUCUUCCCGUGCGAUGGCACUCGUGCGGAUCCACGACGCCCUUUGCGGUUCUCUUCCCGUGCAUCGACAGCACGGUGAAGUGAACCCGUGAUGUCGAUCGCGUCGUGGUGUCGUCUUUCGGAAGGAAUCAAAGACACCUCCUGUGUACCGAGAUCUUUAAUUUUGAAAUAUACCGAUGCAAGAACUGUAUAAAGAGGUGUUUUUUUUUUUCCGAAAUAUAUACACUCGAAAAGUGAAACGGUCAAUUAUAAAGUGACGAGGCGAUAUCGGUGCGACCGGGUUCAUCCAUCGGGCCCCCGCUCGAUCCGGCGGAGGAUUGCAUCGAACUGGAGGAAGUGAACAAUGCCAACGGUCCGGCGAUGAAGACGACGGGCAGCAAAGCCAUCAGGAUCAGUGGCAGGAUCGUCUGUGGGAGGAAAUCACGGCGUUAGAAGAAUUGUUUUGGUCGAAUGCGAUUAGCAGCGACGAAGACUGCUCCGUUUCGAUACGGUUGAGAG